CAUGAGGUUGCGACGGCUUAUCUCCCGCUGGGCAUCUCGCGUCUUUCGCUCUCCUCUUGUUUUCGUGACCUUCGCCCUCGGUGCCUAUGUCCUCGUCAUGGAAUUAAAGUUGCGCCCUGUGCGCGAGUUUUUCCCCGCUGUGACAUAUGGAACGUUGACGCCUGGAACAGUUCAGGGGACAACACUACAAGUGGGAAAAACGUCACGGAUGUCAACACCAACACCACAAGCACCAGCCUCGCCGUCACCACUUACCUCUACAACAGUGGACAGACAACUCCUGUCCCCGUGAAUGGCGUCCUCCUGGCAGGACACCCGCGACCACGCAAGGUUUACCUGACAAUUGGAAUACCGACGCUGAGACGACCCAAGGGAGAUUAUUUUAUGGCCACGGUUGACUCCCUUAUCGGCCAGAGUACUGAGGAACAGCAACAGGAGACGACUGUGGUGGUGAUCCUGGCAGACAGGAAUUCAUCCUUCAAUGAGGAAGUUCUGCAAAAACUGAAGGAGAGUUACUCAACGAGGCUGCAGGAAGGUUAUCUCCUCGUCAUCCGCGCCCCCAACACCGACCACAUCUUCAAGGACGACAACCUCAAGCGCACGUUUGACGACAGCGUGGAGCGCGUGCGGUGGCGCUCCAAGCAGAACAUGGACUACGCGGCACUGAUGGAGUUCGCCGUGCCGCUCUCGACGUACUACAUGCAGCUGGAGGACGACGUCCUGGCCGCGCCCAACUACCAUCAGCACAUCCGGGACUUCGUGGACAGCCACACCCGCCAGGACUGGGCAGGGCUGGAGGUGUCUCACGGCUUCAUCGGCAAGCUUUUCAAGAACAUGGAUCUGCCCAAGCUCGUGACUGUGCUUCGGACGUUCUACCUGGAGCAGCCGUGCGACUUCUUGGUCAGCCAUUUCUACAAGCUGAUGGUGCAGAAGGCCGUGAUAAGGCGGCGCGGUACUUUAUUUUUUCAUCAAGGGAAGUACUCUUCUCUGGAAAGCGUGGUUCGGAACGUGGACAAAGUGACAGAAAGCGUUGGAGUGAAGAAGAUGAAGGUGGUGAACCCUGCCGCCGAUCUCUACACCACCAUGAAUGUGUACAAGACCUAUACGCUGGAGAAAGCUUACGAUGUUACAGACGGUAAUUUUUUCUGGGCCUCGGACAUCGAAGAAGGGGACACUAUCACUGUGGUGUUCAAGGAGCCGCAGAAAGUGGAGAGGAUUGUCGUGGAGUCUGGGUUUUCUGACAAGAAUCACCGCGACAUGCUCCACAACGCUAGCCUGGAGGUCGGACACGCCGCCAUGCUGGGAAAAGAGAGUGCCGUGUGCACCAACACGACGGAAGUAGGGGACUUUGUUGACGGUCACUUCGAAGUCCGGAUGCCGCUGAACAUCACCGAGGUGCAAUGCUUCUCCAUCGUCGUUACGAAGAAUCAGAGUGAGUGGGUUGUCCUCGCGAGAUCGCCGUGUUCGUCAUUGCGUCGGUCUCGCGCCAACAUCACGACGGCGGCACCACGUGACCGAUGCCAAGCGCGUUGCUAGGCAACGUAGGCGACGGACAGCUCGUGCAGCCUGCACCUGUCUUUGCGCAAGGUGUGCAUGGUGAAACAGGGGGGGAACCUAUCGACUAACGGUCAACAAAGUGGUGAUGACAAUGAGGUUGCCGCUCCUAGUCUGUGAAAUCAAUCAUCCACCGCCCCUCACUUGUAACUUAAAAAAAACAACAAACAAUAAUCAACAAAAAAUUCCCAAACAACCAUUCUACCUUCUGUGUUGUGACUAUUUAUAUCUGGCCGGAAUUUACUUACUUUAAAAAAUAGAAGCACACUGGCUACUCAUGGGCAAAAUCAGAAUAAAUACUGGGUAGCAAAUGAAUAUGUUCCUUCGACAUUAUCCUGCCAAUUAAACUGUGAAAACAACUUGAUCAUGACGGCGACGUUUUCACCUGGUAAGCGUCAAAAAAGAAAAAAGAAAAAACACUUUAAAAGUCAACAUUACCAGGCUAUAACUAAAGACACUUGACGUGGUCUUUUAAGCUGUCGAAUGCCUUACUCUUUCUUCAGUCUCUUGCUCAAUCACCUAGCGAUAGAGUUUUAAACAUAAACUGAACACUUUUAAAACAGUUUUAUCUCAGUGUUUAAAAAUUAUCCCAGUGUUUAAAAAUUAGUCAGCUUUUUGCAAAUGAUUGUUUUGGCGACUAUCGAUAUCGCUGUAGCGAUCAGCAAACAGAAGAACCCUGGGUCCAUCGAUAACACUGAUCUGACAUGGCGUCCUUGAUUAGUUCUGUAAAAGUAAGGUAGCUGAGCCUACUGGCUGUGAACUGUAAGUGCUUCAUUAUGUCUAGGCCCAACACGGACCUCACACUGUCCUGCUGACCUUUAAUCUUUCCUGAUAAAGUAGACAUGAAUGGAAAAGGGUUAGUAGUAGCAGCAGGAACAGGGCGAGAGGAUAGUUUUCUAGUCGAACCAGCAUCCUUCUUUUAAAAUCGUGCGAAUAAUUCUGUAGUGCGUUUGCGAGUUGUACAAGCAUUGCAGCAUAUCGUGUUUUAAUAUACUGUUUUAUAUAUAUUGGAAAGCGAGAAAGAUCCUGUCCCCACCCUCACCUCACCCCCCAAAGUCUAAAGUAGGCUCCGCUGCUAUGGCAACACCUCGCGAACGUGUCAGAAUUUAGAGCAGGUCCUCCUCAAAUAAAUAAAAACGGUUAGGUGACAUACAAUGACGGCACUGGGAUCCAUCAUCCACUCAACAACUUUGAGUUGAACUACCCAUCAUACUCAAAGUCUGUGACAUAUCAAAAUAAAUGGUAACUCACUGUCCGUCCUCUAUUUAACCAAUCAUUCUGGGUUUGCGAUCGAGGACAUCGAAUGUCGAACACUGCUAUCAAUUCAUUGGUGUCAACAUUUAUUCUCUUUUUCUGUUUGCUACAUAAUUCUUGUUGCCCUUCACUCUUUUCCUGGGACUAGAACCAUUGACUUUUUGACGAUACAGUCAAAUGAAUCUCGAUGUUUUUGAUGCAAGCUUAUGUUUGAGAAACGAUUUUUUUUUUUUACACAUUAAUCUAGAAUGUUAUGGGAAAAGCAUUAUGUUUUGUUACUGUUGUCUAACCAUUUCUUUCACAUGCUGUAAUCUCUUAAUAUAAAGAACAUUUGGGGCAGGAUAUGAAAUUAUCAUUUCAGGUGAUUUUGAAAGUGUUACACUGCCAAAGAUGUUGUUUCUUCCUGAUGUACCAUAAACUUUAGUUACGAUGCAGUGAUGCUAUAAUAAUGGCAAAGAUCUUCUGGUAUGAAGUAAAAAUUUAGAAAAACGAUUUUAUGACAAAAUAUGUAAACUGAUGUGAUGUUUUAACUCCACUGUAGAUUAUGCCAUGUCUGUAUGCCAUUAUUUUAACAGAUCAAACAAUGCUAACAAUUCUGUUGUUGUUGUUGUUGUUGUUUUUUUUUUAAAAAUCGAAUAAACUAUAACAGUCCUGCAGUAA